AUGGGAUUUUUACGAGGCAAGGAUAUUCCACUAUCGACAGAAGUCUUAUUAGGACUUUUGACCACCAUCAGUGCCUUUUUGUUUGUAAUCAAAUACCGAAUGUUCAAGGACUCCCAAACGUCUGGAUCGGAGGAGUUGAACUUUCAUGAUAUAUUAGUACCCUUUAUUCAAUUGAUUCCCAGCACCACCCUCUUCAACCCUUGGGUACUUAUACUGGCCAUUUUUGCCGAAAUUUCCGUCAUAUCUUUCAUCUUUUCGUUUGUGGUCUUGUUUGUUGGAAGCAGAUUUGUUGAACGAUUUUGGGGACGCAUGGAAGUGAUCAAAUUCGUCUUGGUUGUUGGCGGAGUGACCAAUUUGAUUACUGUUUUGGUUGCUAUUAUAUCCAAUUUGAUAAGAGAAGAUGCAAAGAAUAUGAACACUCCCCUAGGGGGAGGUAUAUCUUACUAUUUUGGCUUUCUUGUUGUAUUUAAGCAAUUGAUACCGGAGCACAACAUUGUCUUGUUUCAAGGCUUGGUGAAUUUCAGAGUGAAACAUUUGCCAUUUGCGUUGUUGAUUAUUUUAGGGCUCUGGUCGGCAAUUGUCAGUCAAUCAUCUUACCCAGCUGUCCCAUCAACAGUGAGCUUUUUUGCAUCUUUCAUUUAUUUGAGAUUUUUCCAAGCGUUGAAUACAGAGCCUAUUUUGCCAGUGGCAAAUAAUGACUCAAGCACGGGCUCUGUAUUAAUUGGUGACGCAUCAGAUACGUUUCAGUUGGUGGAGUUUUUCCCAGCAGUGACUAAACCAUAUGUUGGCCCUGUAUUCAAUCAAAUAUACGAACUAUCGGUCCUCUUGGGAAUUGUGACUCCAUUCAAUGAUGAAACUGUUCAACAAAGUAAUACGAGAGCACAAAAGAGGCUGGAACAGGUGGGUCAGAGCAACAAGAGUAUUGCCAGUUCUGUCGCUGAAAGGAGACGGCAAAUUGCAUUGCAAGUGAUUGAAGAUAGAAUAAAUAAAGAACAUCCAAAGUAA